GCAGCCAAGAGCAAAACGGCCUGUACUCCUCGCUCGCGCGUCGCAUGCAGCCCGGCUCGCUUGCCAUGCUGUCAUGAUACGGCUGCUGCUACUCUUUUUUUCGAGAUAGACAAAAUUAUCAACGAGACGCGUUCAUCUGUGAGUGCGAUAAAAGAUAAUAUUAAAAAAGUGCAAUUAUAUUACAUACAAGUUAAAUUGAUGACAUCGGUGAUGUGCUGGUGAUAAAAAAGUGCAUGCAAAAUUGUAGUGCCAUAUCUCGACUCUUAAAAAAGUUACAACCAAACAAUUUCAAUUCAAUAGCGAGAUGGCAAAUAUGUGCCACUUGUCGGCGCUGCAAUAAGUUGUGAACUUUUGUGAGAUUAUGCGCUGUAAAUAAUUUUUCUUUUUUAAACUUGCUAAACUUGUUACGAUGAGUAUCGUUUGUUUUACAAUGUAUUCAUCGGAAAUGUCAAAAUUCAUGAAAUUUUUUGCUCAGAAGUAGAGAAAGAAAAUUUUAUGCCAGUUAGAUUCUUUGAUGAUCGCUGCGAUACAACCUCUGCUGAUAUUUUAGAACACAUAGCAGUAUCACAAGACACGAUACGCAAUUUCAAACUUUGUCAGUAAGCUUUUGUCAGGGGUCAAGCUUGACUGCACGUUUUAUUAUUUCCGCGCGCGGUACAACGGCCUACCCACUUCGUAAUGACAAUUCGAUAAAUUCGAGCCAAGCUUAUAUACAAGCGAAAAUAGACUUUCAUCAUUCUGGAAAAUUCUAAUGCCAAAAAUAAUACAAAUAUCAGCAUUGUAAAGAGUUCGACAUUCGCUCGUGUACGCAAAACUCGAAAGCUCUUGCCAGACCGGUUAAAACGUAGUAUAUCUGAAUUGCGAAGUUAAAAAUACAAGAGAGACAAGCUGAAAACAAAAAGAGCAUAAUAUAAGAAAUUGCAGUUCGGUGCCUUGUUAAUGAACGAUCUUCACGCGGAGACGUGUUGCACCAAAAGUAAAUAAAAGAAAGAAAAUAAAAUGAUGUUAAUCAUUGAAGUACGUCAUCGCGAGAGAGCAUCGUCGAUUCAGUUUCUCUGCGUUAGAUAACCAACGCGUACCAAGACUGCAAUGGAGCAUUAAUUGCCACGGAGUGGUGGCGGGGCAGGUGGACGUCUGGCAGCACCGCGGAUGUCACUUUUGGGACGCCCGAUGAACUAUCGGGUGACUCGUCGCGAUGCCCAGUACCGACGAGUCCAGUCCCGCAUUUACAACUUGCUCGAGCGUCCUCGAGGCUUUUACGCCUUUUGCUAUCAUAUGGUCGUAUUUUGUAUGGUUGGAUCAUGCCUAGUACUUUCAGUUUUCAGUACUAUUGACGAAUACGAAAAAGAAGCCGGAAAAAUUCUUUUUUAUAUGGAAAUUUUGGUGUUGGUCUGGUUCACUAUUGAAUUUAUUCUAAGAUUAUGGUCGUCGGGAUGUCGUUCACGGUAUCAGACGGCUAUGGGCCGUCUAAAAUUUUUAAGGCGGCCCUUCUGCAUUAUCGAUGUGGUCACGAUAAUCGCGAGCACCAUUGUGCUUGCGAUGCGCAGCAGCGGUCAGGUGUUCGCUGCCAGUGCACUUCGUGGCCUUCGCUUCUUUCAAAUUUUACGCAUGGUGAGAGUAGAUCGACGCGGUGGGACUUGGAAACUUUUGGGCAGCGUCGUCUACGCUCAUCGUCAAGAACUUUUCACUACGCUUUACAUAGGCUUUCUGGGACUGAUAUUUGCCAGUUUCUGCAUCUACCUUCUUGAAAAGGAGCAUGAAGAUUUCAACAACUUUGCCAAAGCUUUGUGGUGGGGCGUGAUUACCCUAUGUACUGUGGGGUACGGUGAUGCAGUGCCACAUACCUGGGCGGGCAAACUUAUUGCUUCCUUCUGUGCUCUUCUUGGAAUAUCGUUUUUCGCCUUACCAGCUGGGAUUCUGGGCUCCGGUUUUGCCUUGAAAGUCCAGCAACAACAGCGCCAGAAGCACAUGAUUCGACGAAGACAACCGGCUGCCAGUUUAAUUCAAGCGCUUUGGAGGUGUUACGCAGCCGACGAGCAUAGCAUGAGCGUUGCGACCUGGAAAAUUCAUCAAGCUCCGUUGCCAAGUCCAGCCAGUAGUCGACCCUCUUCUAGCUUUAAGCACAACGCGUCAUUUGUCAGUCGGCUUCCAACGAUUCGGCGCCACAAGAGCACGUCUUUGCAUAGUCCUAGUCUUCACAAGCUCGUCCAUCAAGGAUACCACGGCCAACGAGUAAAUGCAUCAUCCCGCUUUGCAGAUCUUCUCGUUUCGUCGGAAAAUCUAGGUGGUCAGCCUCCUGGCAACAAUAACAUAAUUGGUAAUAAUAAUAGUGGCAACGAAACGACUGUAACUGGUGUCGUUACUGGGCCGGGCAAUAUAAACGCCAGUAGACAAUUGAACCCAAGCUACUCGGAAGAUUCCGUCACAGAAACAGCCUUGUCGAAGAGAAACUCUGACGCAAUGAAGUAUCGGAUUGGAAGAUCCUCGUCGACCCUCGAGCUGCGCGAGCUGCGCAUCGACGGGCUGAUGAUUGGCCGAUUAGGUGAAACCUCGUCGACCCUGCCGCUGGCCCUUGCGGGCCUGUGCUCCCCGCUGCCCCCGCUGCCAGAACUCCUUGGAUCGCCGACUUCCCCGAACGCGUCUCCGACCUCUGAGAAGAAUGAAGACGAUGAACCCCGUUCAACUGGCGGACAACUAACUAAUCAACAUAAAGUCGCGAUCAGGGCCAUACGCAAGAUAAAGUACUUAGUGGCGAGGCGAAAAUUCAAAGAGGCACUGAAACCGUACGAUGUAAAGGACGUGAUCGAGCAAUACAGCGCCGGCCAUGUCGACCUUCUGAGUCGCGUGAAAAAUGUCCAUAAUAGGAUAGAUCAAAUUUUGGGUAAACAAGGUUCCACAAAAAAAGAUGUUUAUGCCUCAAGAAUAAGUUUAGCGUCCAGAAUUGUUAAAGUUGAAAGGCAGGUCGAUGACAUCGAAGUAAAACUCGAUCGGCUUAUCGAUCUGUACAUGGAAGAUCGCAAACGACUUCGGGCCCUGCCCAUGCCGGAAGGGAAUCACACGAGUGGUGGAAGCGACGGGGACGACAGUAGCGGGAACAGAGGAAGCGGUGCUGACGGUGCAACCUCGAAAGGACCACUACCCGCCAACGUAGCCGGUUCAUCCGGCAACGGCAGUUUCGUCCUCAAGCCAAUCCUGGUGGAUAAACAGCUUUCCGAGCCGAGCUCUCCGACUACUGGUAAUUUCGGCGAGUCCGAUUCUUCGCGGGCUCGCCACAAGAAUGCCAAACCUAGACAAAUACACCGCGGACACUCGGAUCUCAGUAACCGCGUUAAGAAGCGCGUUACUUUAAGUGAUGAUUUUAACGAGUGUUUACAAUUAUCUAGUUCAAUUCCAUCACACCUGGUGCUUCCAAUAGAGAUGACAGGAAUCAGUAACAAACAAUCUUUAUUACCAACGAGCCAAUCGAUCGCAUCGAACUCAUUAGCUGUAACUGCCCGAGAAGGCGACGUCAUGAUUAUGGUUCCUUCACACUGUAUCAAUAAUACGGCUAGCGAGCAAAUAGCCUGCGAAGAAGGUCGGAGUAUGUCUUACUCUACGACGAUAGCAAUCCCGGAUUCGCCCCCGAAAAAUACGGAGCCAUCCAGCGAUCAAGGGAUCGAUCAUCACGACGAAUAUUAUCCUAUCGACUCUGAAGAGGCUGACGAGGAGGAAGAAGAAGAAGAAGGGGUCGGGGCUUGCGAUGAAGACGAUGAGGAAGAAAUCGAAGACGCCGUUGUCGAAGACGAGGAGAACGAGGCUGGACGCGAACCUGAUUACGAGGUCGAAGAGGACGACGAGGAGGACGAUGAUGAGGAGGACGAGACUUCGGGUGAAAACGCAGCUUUACUGGGCACGCGCACGCAAAUCAUCGUGACUCCAAGCUCUAAUAGUCAAGAGCACCUCGACCUGGCGGUCGACCAACACCAUCAUCGCAACAAUAAUCAGCAGCAGCAGCCUCAAGGCGAGCAACAGCCUUCGCACGCCCGUUCCUAGCCACGCCGUCCGGGACAAGCGCACUGUCCUGCUACAACUACCGCAUGCAGCCUCUCGUGGACAACUUUAUAGCUUCCUCUGUAACUUUAUUUCUCUAACUAGAGCGUUAAACAAGUAUAAUACAUAUAUAAAAAAAAUAUGUAUAUAGUAUAAAUACAAAAAAGAUAUAUUAGGAAAUAUGUAUAAUGUAUAUAGCUCGUUCAUACGUCAGCCAUGGGGGAGCUAUGACGUGGCAUCGGUGCCUAGCGUAAUCUUAAGGGCAUAAAAAUUAUAAAAUUUGUCUACAAAAAUUUUAAAUAAAAUAAUAACUCACUACGCGUGAUAUCGCUUAAUAAGAUGAAUAUAUCUGUAAAGGUUGUAUUAUAAAAAUAAAUCGAAAAUAAAAAUUAUAAAUACACAUGAAUAGUAUUAAAACAAGCGUGGCCUCUUGCAAAAGGUGAUUCGAAAAUGUAUAACAAAUAUAAAAAACUGACUGAUAUUGCUACACCAGCUUAACGCGUAAAGUAUGCAUCAAUUAUAAUACAAUAUCAAUCGGUUCGUUGAACUCUACAGUACGAGAUAAGAUUACUUUUGUUCAGGGUCCAGCUUCUAGUUGAAGGGUAGAACAUUUUUGACCCUCCGGUAGGGUCUUUGUUUUUCAUAGUAAAAUUUGUUACUCGUUUCAUUUAAGACUUUUAUUUAUAACAUGUAUUUAACUACUUACGUGUAUACAAAGUAUACACCUAAUUCAAAUACAUGCAAACUAUAAUAUAUACCCUAAACUUGCCAAAGAGAAAAUACGGCACAACGAAAUCGAAAUCUCAUGAAUAAAAUAACAAUAUUGCCGUAAAAAAUGAUAUCGUAUAAUCAUAUUGUAAUUUAACAUGAAAACCCUAAAAUUAAGAAAUCAAAGUGCUAUGUUAUGGUAAAAAAUCGAAACUUAUGUAUUUAGAAAAUUUAUGUGUUUAAAUUUUAUUUUGUUAUCACUCAAAUUUUCUGCGACACUUUCUUCCGGUCAGUCUUCCACGCAAGAAAUAUUUGCGCACAAUUUAGCUCAUACCAAUAAAUUAUCACGAUCACUUAUUUUGAAUUUUUAUUUAUAAUUGCAAAAAUGUAAUUUUUGCAUAGGAAAUAUUUUCCAUAAAAAAUAAGAUAAUCUUGAGAUUGCUUUCGCAUCGAUACAUAAGUUGGUAAUUAUUUACUUUGAGACUAGUAAAUACUAUCAUUGUGUUAUUUAGAUGAAAUGAUUAAAUAAUUUAAGCUUUUGGGCAGGUCUCAGAAUAAUCAAAGGUUAAAGUAACUCGCAUGAGCACACGUUCUCACUAUGCUAAUUCACGUAUAAAUACAUGUGUGAUAAUCGGAAACUAUUUCUUAGGAAGAAUAAUUAAAAUAGCCCUUGAACCACCAAUUUUUAACUCAAGUAUAUAUUAUUAAGACCCUUUAUACAUUAUAAAGAAAUCAUGUUGAUAUAUACACAAUAAAAUAAACUUAGGGCACAAUUAAGACGCUUGUACAAUAUUUACAAUAUAGAUUAAUUACAGAUGCUAUCAUGCGUUCAUUUGUUGAAAAAUCAAAUUAUAAUAAAGAUUGUACCUCGAAUCUAAUGGACGAAAAUCUAACUUACAUCAGACUAGAUGAGAAUUUUUUGCAAAACAAUUUUGUAAAAGAUAGAUAAUAAUUAAAAAAUUUAUGUCUGUUCAGAAUUUUAUAAAAUAUAAAAAAUUAAGUGAACGGUCUUUUUAAAAAUUGACACACAUUGACAUCGAUUGCGCAUUCGAUGCUUUGCGUUAGGAACACAUUUUAUUCUAAACAUUUCGUAAGAAGACUUACUUGAGCAAUAUAUGUGUUAUUUUUGACAAAAACAUAUACAGAUUGUCAAUAAUCAUUUCGGCAUUCUAGAAGCAAAAGACCGCGCAUAGCAAAAAUGAUGCAUAGUCAGAAUUCGUAAGGCAGCUAAUGAAAUAUGCUUGAGCAUCUUUUAUAUCAGAAAAAUUGCGAUUAUUCGUCCUACUCUACAUUUUAAUACUAUUGCAAAGCUUUUCGAGACAUUAAAAUAGAUCAAAAUAAUAAUGUAUGCAGUAUUCACGAACUACGAAAAAACGUUAUAUAUUCUCAUUGGUCUUGAUGAAUGUGUGAACUACUAUCAUCAUUAAAAUCGAUGAAAAAUUAUCUUAAUAAUGAAUUUAAAAAACUUUGGGCGUCAUGUAAAAAAAUGUAUAGCAAAGUAUAAUUUUUAGCAUAAAAUUGAUGUAAGUGCAGUAGCUCGAUGAAUAUAGCGACUUAUAUACAUACAGUUUGAAUGGAUGAAAGAAUAUACAAUAUAUGUAUAACUAGUGGCAAUUACAGUACACAUUCCAUGCAACUGUAUGCUCUGUACUGAUUCUAGAUUUAUCAUAAAAACUAUUUGGCGAUGAAGUAAAAUCAAUAAGUAUUUUGCUUUUAAAUAAUAGACAUUUGAUAAAUUUUUGUCUAAAUGAUCUACUUAGAUGUAGGAAAACAGUGUUGGGCAAGUUUGUAUACUAAAGUACUUGAUUAAUAACUAAAAAACGCAUAUAAUAAGGUCCGAGUGUUUCAAAGAUUCUUAGUGAAUUUGUACUAUGUAUAAUGUAUUUUGAUACAAACAGAUAUACCGCGCCAUUCUCACGAUCGACCAACGAUUAAAUGAUAUUGCAAUGCCCAGUAAAUGGCAAAACGUACUAGGGCUGUGCGAGUAACCGAUUUUACUCUACGAUUUGAGUUCGAGUCGAGUCGGGGAAAUUCGAGUACUCGCGUUUUUUCGGGUACUAGAGUUUUUUCGAGUACUCGCACAGCCCUAAAAAAUACAUUCAUUUUAUAGCACUCUGGGGCAUAAGUCACAUUUAUGACACGCUUUUCGGUGGCAUAAGUCGCACUUUACGGCACCACGUCGUUUGCGGUGCCACAGGUACUAACCUCACUUCGCGGUACCAGAAAGUGCAACUCAUGACUCGGAAAAGGAGGCAUAAAUGUAAACUUAGCUCAGCGCUAUAAAAUUGAGUACGAUACUGGGGUCACAGGGAACACUUUCUCUGCACGGUUAUUAUUUGGACCCUCGCUGCGCUCGGGCCCUAAACUACCGCGUGCCGUAAAGUGUUACUUAUAGCCCUUGUAUUAUAAAGUACUAUUAUGUCUAUGAAUCAACAGAAAUCGUUAUCUUUCCAAUUUUCAGCAUCGCCACCUCAGUUCAGUGGAACGAGGCACUGAAAUCUAAAAUUAAUCAUUUGUACAAAGUAACAAACCGUUUCUGAACAUCAAUUAUAACAACUUAUGAUAAUUGGAUAUUUAAUUGAUGAAGUACUUGAUGACAUGUAUGUCCAACACAGCAUAAGUAACAACAACUAUCGGGAAUAAUGUUUUUAUAUUUUGAGUUAUUAAAAAAAUUAAAAAUCUUUUGAAAGAAUAUUUAGCGCAAAAAAGAAUCAAAGGCUACUUUUAUCAUUUUAUUUAAACUCAGAAACAAAAUUUAGAGUAGCGAUUACAAAAAUAUGACUCUUUCAAAAUGAACAGUCAAAUUUAAAUCUUCAAAAUUUGAUCAACUUAUCAAUCAACUUCGGAAUAAAGAAUACUUUACUAAUACUCAUUACAUCACUUUUAGAUCAGGGACCAGAAUAACCCAUAGACUAUUAUAAGUACUUAUUAAAAUUUAGUUAGAAACGAUUAUUCAUCGCAUGAGCUUUAAAUUCUGCAUCAAUUCGUAAGAGAAUCUAAGCUGUGGCUCAACUAUAAUUAUUUUACAAUUUAUCGCUAUGUAUUUAUGGGAAUUACAACCAAAAAUAUAGAAUUUAUCGGAAAAUUAACGCUCAUUAAUUGUGCAUUAUGAUGCAGAGAAAACUCAGCAUCAGCCGAAUUUGAAUACCAAGGUGCCGGGGAUGACUUAAAAACAUCGCCAUACCGACAUCAUACAUUCUUUUAUAUUUCAAAAGCCUAAACACAUAGCCAAAGUUACGUUUUUUAAAUCAGAGAAUAAUUGCAAGAAUUUCAUGACUGCUUUAACAUCACGCAAAGGUACGACAUUUAUCUUUAUAUAUAAUAUUAAUUAAUAAACUUGGUCGACGAUAUUAAAAAAGUUUAAGUGCUUGAUAAAUUUUCUCGUGUGCUACAGCGGCUUGGGUAUAUAUCUUUUAGAACGACUUUGUUAAUAGAAUCUUAAAAAGCGAAAAAAAUCAACAUUCUGAAAUCGAUUUUUCUGAAUGUCAAAAAAUAUCUUGAAUAUGUAACACUAGGCAAAAGGUGAAACAAAGGAUUUGAAAAA